AUUCACACACAGAGAUAUUUGGGAGUGUUCACAAGUGAGAAGCUGCAGUCAGACAGUCAUCCUCACGGUGUGUUCAGGGACGGUUUGGUUCAGCUCUGCUCUGCCAUGAAGCUGCAUGUAAUCGUUCCACUGUGUGCUCUGUUCACCCUCAGCCAACAGGCACCGUCCCAGUGUACAUGUGAGCUGACUAAUUCAGAGAGGGCAUUCCCUCAUGGCAAACUGGGCUCAGUGGAGACCAACGCACUAAAAUGCAACAGCGACAUCACCCCACAGAAGACUCUGGAGCUGGAGAGUCUGCUGCUGGGUUUGGAGCGGCGUCUCCCCCAGCUGAAGGAGGACGUGUCCACGCUGGAGAAGGAAGACGACGGAGACCUCUACGCGGUCGUCAGCCUGCAGGUGAUAGAGAACGAACUGAGGGAGAUCGAGCAGUUCAUGGACAGGCUCAACAGCACCACCCUGGCACACCAGCACCUAACUGCUGACACUGGUAAACAGUUAGAGGAACUGAAAGCAGAGAUGCAGGAGCUGGAGACGUACGACACCAUGCAGGUUGUGAAGACCCAACGAGCCAACAGGCAUCUGAAGCAAGAACUGGACCAGUGCAACAAUGGACUUCACACCACCCCCCAACCCACCAAGCCUCCACAAGGGAACUGCCCCCACGGUGAACUUCUGAACAUAACAGGGCCAAGGGUGUACACAGCAGGCGAGUACCCUGGCUCCCACAAGUAUGGAGCCUGGGGUCAGGAUCCCAAACCAGACGCGGGGAAGGAGAGCUGGUAUUGGCUGGUUAUGUUGACCGCCAGCAACAGAUUCGCCAACUAUGUCCGUCUCUACUCCAGCCUGAGCGCUCUCAUUGUUGGGGUGAGCACCCCAGGUAACGUCCUGAUCAGCCCCUCUAACCCCACAACCAACACCAUCCAGGGGCCGAAUGUUGUGCUAUAUGGAGGGGAGUUGUACUACAACUGUUACAACCUGGAUUCUGUCUGCCGAUUCAACCUGACCAGCAAAACUGUCACCACACUACAACUACCCAAAGGCACCAGGUUUAACUCAAAAGGUAACUUCUGCCAUCUGGAGGAAUGCUACCCCUUCACCGACCUGGACCUGGCGACAGAUGAGUCGGGCGUCUGGGUGAUCUACACCACCACCCAGGACUUUGGCAACCUGGUGCUAUCCAAGGUGGAAGAGGGUGAACCAAUGAGGCUCGGCCAGACUUGGCACACCUCGGUCUACAAGCAGGGGGUGACCAACACCUUCAUGGCCUGCGGCGUGCUCUAUGCCACACGCUACAUCAACAAGGACCUGGAGGAGAUCUUCUAUUCAUUUGACACCACGACAGGAGAGCAGAGGUUCGACAUUGGCAUCUUCAUCAAAAAGAUGUCUCCCAACAUUUAUGCCCUCAACUACAGCCCUGUGGACCAGAUGCUGCACGCCUACUGUGACUCCUACAUGGUCUCCUAUAAGGUUUUGUUUAACCGAAACGGAUAUGCUGACGUUUUCUAUUAAAGCCUGUAUCUAAAGAAUUGCUGCAGUAAUAGUGAUCAGCACAAAUAAAUAAAGGUGACUCCUUAGUAAAGGCCUGCAAAAAAUUGUUGUUAUAAAUUUGAUGGUGAGAGAUGUGCAAAGGGAAGUGAGAGCUGCUCCUCAUAUAUGGAAAACAAACUGAAAAUGAUCAGAAACCUGAUUCCACAAAUGUCUGACAUAAAGUCUUUAUUUCUAACUUGUUACUUGAUCAGCACAUGGAGAGAAACAGCUUACUUUUUAUAUAUUGAAACUUUACAUUACACAUCGGAAUGACAGCAAAUUAGGUAAGAGUCUUUCUACUGUUGUGGAUGGAAACAAGCUCAUAUAGGGAAGACUCCCACAACACGAAACAACCAAAGGAGAAAAAAAGAAGUUAUUGCUCAAUACAAAUCAUUCAUAAUGGCAGUAUAGGAAGAAGAAAAGUAGAAGUACACAAGAACCAAUAUCAUCAUACCAAGAUGAGGUUACACCCUAUUGUUGCCUAUAAAAAAGAGAAGGAAAGAGGAACAGAAAUAUGUUGAAAUUUUCUUCACAAUACCGUAGUGUUAGAGUGUUCGUUUCUCUAUAAAUAAAAAGUAUCUACAAGUGCAAGGAGGAACAAGGUCUACUUUAACUGAUCGAGUGCCAGCUUACAGGAGCUGUCGAUUUCAUAAAUCACUACUGAACUUCACUAUUUAUAGACCUCGAGGGAGCAGGGAGGAACUGGGUUUUCAUGUACAGGGUUACAUGUUAAAGAUGUGGAGCAGGGAUAGAAGUGCAAACCGUAUGAGAGGCGUAGGUUGACAAUACUGUACAUCACUUCAAAAAA